AUGGAACAAAUAAAACAGCAACGGAAAAUUAGUAUCGAAGAUUCUGAUGAUAUGAAAAGAAAACAGCUUCAUACUGCACGUCAACUUGAAAAUUCAUUUCGUAUUAAUUUAUCUACAAAAUCGGUUAGUUAUUUCGAAGAUUUAUCUAAUGAAAUUAUUUAUGAAAUAUUUGAAUAUUUUGAUUUUUAUUAUAUCUAUAAAACUUUUUCGAAUCUUAAUCAACGAUUUGUAAAUCUUAUUAUCAAUUCAAAUCUUCCGAUUAACAUCAAUAUUUCAUCUAUAUCAAAAUCAACAUUUCAACGUUAUUAUACAGAUAUAAUUAUACCUAAUCGACAUCGAAUAAAAUCACUUCGUAUAACAAAUAUAUUUGCUGUCAAUAUUAUUUUGUCACCACAAGACAAUAUAUCAAAAUUAACUCGACUUGAAACACUUAUUUUAACUAAUAUUUCAUCAUCAUAUCUUCGUAAUCUUCAAUAUUUAAGUAAUCUACCAAAGUUAUCUUCAUUAACCAUCAUUUAUAAGGGUUAUACUAAAUUUGAUCGAGCUAAAAUUUAUCAUCAAAUAUUUCAACUACCAGUUUUAAAGUAUUCUAAUGUAUUAUUGGGAGUGGAUUCCACGCCUAUAGUAUCAUCAUUGUCAUUUGCUACCAAUAAAUAUAGUUCAAUUGAACAUCUCGUUAUUAAAAAUAAUAUUGCACUUGAUACACUUUAUAUUAUAUUAUCAUAUGUUCCUCAAAUUCGUCGUUUAUCGAUUCCUAUGUUACUGGCACCUGGAAAUAGACAAAAUAUAACAUUUCCGAUUACAUUGAAUAAUUUAACAUACAUAUCUCUUAAAUUACAGUCUUUCCAUUUUCAUGAUUUUGAACUAUAG